CUUUAAAAACUACCUCUCCAGGAGCUCGCCGUCUGACAGCGAGGAGCCUGGGUUCCCAGGGGUUUGGGGAGAGGGCACGCUUUGCAGCAAGCCCGGACACACUCCCCCUUCCCUCAGUCUUGCAAUCAGGGCAGCCAAAGUUUCAACUUCCUCCUUCUGCUCCAUCUAGAGCAUCACCUGGCUGAGAGAAGGCAGCUUACCUUUGAGCUGUACCAGCUCGGGAGGUGGUGGUGGCUUUUUUGGGAAAAAAAAAAAAAAUAAAAUCCCUGGUUCAGGAGAGGAGGUGUGGGGAAGAAGAGAAGGAUGAGAAAUUCUGUUCUUCUCUGCUUCUGGAGCAUCUAUUGUUGCUUUGCGGCGGGAAGCCCUACACCCUUUGCUCCUGAGGGACAGCUGGAAGAUGAGCUUCACAAAUCGAGGGAGGUACAGGCUGAAGCCAAACCUGUGCGUUUUAACCUCCGAGACUCUAAGGACCCAGAGCAUGAAGGAUGUUACCUGUCUCCUGACCACAACCAGCAAUUAGAAGACUGUGGCUUCAACGUGACAGCCAAAACCUUUUUCAUCAUUCAUGGAUGGACGAUGGGUGGCAUGCUUCAUAACUGGCUGUACAAACUUGUGUCAGCCCUGCAGACAAGAGAGAAAGAUGCCAAUGUAGUAGUGGUGGACUGGCUACCCCUGGCUCAUCAGCUGUACCCAGAUGCAGUCAAUAACUCCAGGGUGGUGGGGCACAGUGUGGCAAGGAUGCUUGACUGGCUACAGGAAAAGGAUGGUUUUUCUCUGGGGAAUGUUCACUUGAUUGGCUACAGUCUUGGAGCACAUGUGGCUGGAUAUGCUGGCAACUUUGUGAAAGGCACCGUGGGCAGAAUCACAGGUCUGGACCCUGCUGGGCCCAUGUUUGAAGGGGUGGACAUCCACAGAAGGCUGUCCCCUGAUGAUGCAGACUUCGUGGACGUGCUGCACACCUAUACACGGUCCUUUGGCUUGAGCAUUGGGAUUCAGAUGCCUGUGGGCCACAUCGACAUCUACCCUAAUGGUGGUGACUUUCAGCCAGGCUGUGGAUUCAAUGAUGUCUUGGGAUCACUUGCAUUUGGAACAAUCACAGAGGUGUUAAAAUGUGAGCAUGAACGAGCCAUUGACCUCUUUGUUGACUCCCUGGUGAAUCAGGACAAGCCAAGCUUUGCCUUCCAGUGCACAGACUCCAAACGCUUCAAAAAGGGCAUCUGUCUUAGCUGCAGGAAGAAUCGCUGUAAUAGCAUUGGCUACAACACUAGGAAAAUGAGAAGCAAGAGGAACACCAAAAUGUACCUGAAAACGCGGGCAAACAUGCCUUUCAGAGUGUAUCACUAUCAGAUGAAAAUCCAUGUCUUCAGUUACAAGAACAAGGGGAAAAUUGAGCCAACAUUUUACGUCACCCUGUAUGGUACUAAUGCAGACUCCCAGGUUCUGCCUUUGGAAAUAGUGGAGCACAUUGGGCUGAAUGCCACCAACACCUUCUUGGUCUACACUGAGGAGGACUUGGGUGACCUCCUGAAGGUCAGACUCACAUGGGAGAAGACAUCACAGUCCUGGUACCACCUGUGGAAGGAACUUCGCAGCUUGUUUACUCAACCCAGUGGCUCUGCUCAGGAGCUGCACAUCCGGCGCAUUCGUGUCAAAUCUGGGGAAACCCAGCAGAAAUUGACUUUUUGUGCAGAAGAUCUUGAGAACAGCAGCAUUUCUCCUGGUCAAGAACUCUGGUUUCACAAGUGUCGGGAUGGCUGGCGAAUGAAAAAUGAAACCAGGGCCACUGUGGAGCUCGCCUGAGGGGCUGGGAAGCCUGACCAGCACACACCUCAACCCUGCUGUCUACACACAUGGAGGAAAGUUACUGUGAGGCCCCGCCUGAAGAAGAACCCCACUCAGCUUGAUCCUGGAGUUCCUGAGAACUUGCUUGCCAGGCCCACCUUUGUCCUCUAUGAUGAUCCCCUAUGAUUUCACUGGACUGGACAACUGUGUGUUGCUGAAGUUCCAACUGUGCUCAAAAUGAACUAUCUCUGAUGACACUUCUGAAUCUGAGAUUGGUUUGUGCUCCAGCAGUGAAAUAUCUGUGGUUCCCCCAUGCACACCGGUGGGUCUCCUGGUAGCUGGCUGAGGCUGGGCUAAUGGGGAAUGCAGGCUCCAGAGCAGCUUUGCAUAGAAGGCCAUUUGUCCGGACUUGAGCCUCAGAGAGAUCUUCCCCUCGGGAGCUGACUCGUAUCAGGAUGGCAGGCCUGUUACCUCAAUAACCCAGAGAGGGGUCAUUAGAUCAGGCUGUUGCUGAGGCCUCGCUGUGAGGGUUCCCAUGGGCUGCUUUGAUCCAUACUGGUUGUAUCUCCAAGACAUUCCAUCCUGCUCCCUAGCUCAUCCUCUGAAGUACACACAUUGGCUUUUGGUUUCUUCCAUUAUUCAUUUUUUGAUUGAACAAGUAUUUGUUGGGCACUUAAAAAUUCCUUAGCAUGUAACAGUAGACAGAGUACUCAGCUUUGCUAUUUGGAACCCGAAUAGGGUUGGGGUUCUUAGAGUUCCUUCUAGUAUGUGAGAGGAAUGUAUGUGUGUGUGUGUGUGUGGGUUAAAGACAAGAAGGGUAAAGGGUGGGAUGGGGAGAGGGGAACUACAGGCUAUCACAGUUGGGCACCUUGUGGCUUAAGUGGCUCCUACCUAUUUUUUAAUUAUCACGUGCUAUUUCCCUUGUUUAAUAUCACCAGCAGAAUGUUGAGAAGAUGGUCAUACCCUAAGGGCACAAUGGUAGCCAAUUGAUAGAUGUGAUUUCUUUGGAGUAAAAUCUCUGUGUAGGAGUUAAGAGAUAUUACAUGAGUUCUGCAAACCAACUUAUGCAUAAGCCCGCAUCUAUCAACAGAGCUAGCUCUAAGACUUAAUACAGUGUUCUUUUACACCCUUGAAAUACCUUGUUUUCAUACUAGUGCCUUUUCUGUGCUGGACUUCUUAGAAAAGCCUCCAAUUCUAGACUUGGAUUUGAAUUAAUAAACAUGAUACCUAAGACACCAUUUUAUACUGUAUGUAUGUGACUUAAGUCACAUGUUUGUGACCUAAGUAGAAUGAGGUGAUCAGGGCCAAUGUCUUUAUCCUUAGUUUAUAAAAUGGAGGCUUAGAGAUAUUCAGUUGUGUGCCUGGAAUUACACACUAAAUUGGUGGUAGAAGCAGGCUGAGGACCCAGGUUUCCUGGAGGCGAAGUUCAUGCAUUUAUCUUUCAAAUUUCAUGAAGACACCUAGAGCUGUUUGCUACCAGUAUGCCCAGAUGUGACAAAUGAGAGAUUUUUUUCCCCCAGAUCCAUCCAUAAAAUCCUAACCCCUUUUGUUAAUAUACAACCAGGACAAAACCUGUGCCAAAGGGUUGGGUUUUUUUUUAUGGCCAAGAUUUAUUUGGGAGGAGGUAUGAUAUCAGGUGGGGAUGAGAGAGUGAUUUUCUUUGUACUUAGGUUUUUAGAAGUCAUUGUUUCAAUCUGUGUUGUGCCAAAGUUAUAUCACUAUUUAAUACCAAACUUCUGAAGACAAAGUCAGUCAGGUCUUAAUUCAAAGUAUGCAUUUAAUCUGUUCAUGUGCUUCUGUGAUUGCUUGUAACCAAAGUGAACCUUGUAUUAUUGGCCAUGUGCACUGGUACAUAUGGCUUCUGUUUUUUGUAAUGGAAACUUUGGAAACUGAAUCUUCAGUGGGUUGUGUAUUUAUGCAUUUGACUUGAGGCCUUCUUUGUAUAUAUGAUGCUUUUUAAAAUCCUACUUAAAGCACUAUUUAUUUCUCAGGUGUGUAUAAUAUAUAAAGACAAAUAUAUGGUUACUUUUUACUUUAACCAAUUUCAAGACUUAAAAAUUUUAAUAGUAAAAUAAUAAAAAACCUACAAAAUU